CAGGACCACGUGGGGCAGGACCACGUGUUGGCAGCGUCAUGGCGUCGGCGCCCAAGAGGUUCAAGGCGGCGGUCGAGAGCGGCGCCCAGGGGAAGAGUAGUGCCGACCCCCUCUCCGGGUUCCUGGCAUGGUGCGGGCGGGCCGGGGUAGAGCUGAACCCCAAGGUCCGCCUGAGCAAGGAGGGCGCAGUGGCGGGGUAUGGGAUGUUGGCCGCCGAGGAGCUGGAGGCGGGAGAGGUGCUGUUCACCAUCCCUCGCACAGUGCUACUGUCCCAGCACACCACCUCCAUCCACGCACUCUUGCAAGAAGCCCAGGAGUCCCUGCAGAGCCAGUCUGGUUGGGUCCCUCUCCUGCUGGCCUUGCUACACGAGUACACAGCCAGCAACUCGCACUGGCAGCCAUAUUUCUCCCUCUGGCAGGACUUCCGGAGCCUGGACCACCCCAUGUUCUGGCCUCAGGAAGAGCGAACAAGGCUCCUGCAGGGCACAGGCAUUCCUGAAGCUGUGGACAAGGAUCUAGCUAACAUCUACCAGGAGUACAACUCCAUCAUCCUGCCUUUUAUGGAGACCCACCCUGACAUCUUUGAUCCCAAACUGCACACUCUGGAGUUGUAUAAGGAGCUGGUGGCAUUUGUCAUGGCUUACAGCUUUCAGGAACCUUUGGAGGAGGAAGAAGAAGAUGAGAAGGGGCCAAAUCCUCCCAUGAUGGUGCCUGUAGCAGAUAUUUUGAAUCACGUGGCCAACCACAAUGCCAACCUGGAAUACUCUCCUCAGUGUUUGAGGAUGGUUACAACACAGCCUGUGGGGAAAGGACAGGAGAUCUUCAACACCUACGGGCAGAUGGCCAACUGGCAGCUGCUGCACAUGUAUGGCUUUGCAGAGCCCUACCCUGGCAACACCCACGACACUGCUGACAUCCAGAUGGUGACACUGCGCAGGGCAGCUCUGCAGCGUGCCAAAAGUGAAGCGCAGAAGCAGCUGGUCUCAGAGCAGUGGGACUUCUUGUGCCAGCUGGAGAUGGUAGGGGAGGAAGGUGCCUUUGUGCUUGGCUGGGAUGAGGUGCUGACAGAAGAAGAGCUGUCCAUGACCCUCAAGGUGCUCUGCAUGUCAGAGGAAGAAUUCAAGGAGUAUAAGGAGCAAGAUGGCUGGGAAGACGACAGUGAGGAAGAGGAGAACUCUACCCUUUCAAAUGAGGCCCUCUCCAGACUUAAAACCCCUUGCAAGAAGCUCCUUUAUGACAGUGUGCUGUUGACCCUGGAGUCCUAUGGGGCAGACCUGAAAGCAGAGCAGGACUUGCUAAAUAACAAGGAGGCUUAUGAGAAACUGAGUCGAAGGGAGCAGCAAGCGCUGCAUGUGCGCUAUGGACAGAAAAGGAUCUUGCAUCAGCUGCUAGAGCUGGUACAAUAGAAACCUCAGUGUCCCUGGACAGGACUUGGCUGGGGCUGAUCCUGAGGGAAAGGUCAGCCUCUGGCCAUCUCUUUUGUAGCAGAGAGAAUAGAUGGCAAGCCUGACUAGGAGUCCAUUUGUCCCUCGUACAGCAGACAGAUUUUUAGCUACCUCUACAUAAAGAAGUAUAUUCACAGCACA